UCGGCUUGGUUGUUGUUUGCUGUCCUGUUUUGCCUGCGAAUUCAGCUCGCAAGUUUACACUCCCUUGUCGUUCACCAGCAAUAAGCAAAAGCAGCUCAAUCCAGCCAUUCUUUUGGUAGCCAAUCGAAAUCUUCGGCACCUGGCAUCUGUAUAGCCCUGUGUAUUUACAAAACAUCGAUUAAAACAACAAAUUGAUACGAUGGGGUUCUUCGACAUAUUCUCUUGUUGUGGACCUCGAAGUGAUAAGCUUAAGGAUCCUGAGCAGGCAUCAGAAUCCGCCACUCUUCUACCACCUGCACGAGCAGAGUCAAUUAUUUCAGCGGAUAGCCUUACAGGAUAUGGUGCAACAGAGCAACAACACGGUUUGACAGAUGAGCAACGGACGCGAAUGGCUGCCAUCGGCCGUGAAGUAGGGAGCUACAUGCUUCCUGUAUCAACCUCUCCCCAAAAUCGCACUUCAUCCCCAGCUCGACGUUUCUCUACCUCAUCAGCUGGCUCUUCUCGUCCACCCUCACCUUCUCCAAAUCGACCAGAAACGACACCCGUUAAUGGCAAACUUCAAGCGCCUAAUGGUAACCAUGAGUCAAAGGGUGACAACGAAGACGGUGUAGUUAGGAAGAAUUUGUUCGCUGGUGGGAAUAUGGGCGGCAAUAGUAAAGCCAAAAAAGGAAAGGGAAAGGGCAAGGGCAAAGGGAAAGGCAAGGGGAGGAAGUAAAAAAAAGGUAUUGGGUAGUUCGACUAAAGAUGACAACGCCAUAAAGAAAAAAUCUGGUUAUCUUGGAGGACAGUUUGGUUAUGGGUCUUAAUGGUUGCACAAUUUACGCUUAAUGAUGUACUGCAUGGAUAUUUUG